UCAGCUUUGAACUGUUGCUCUUAUGUUGCUUGCGCGAGUGGUAAAUUUCAUUUCCAUUAAAUUAUAGUGUGGUCACGGCACACAAACAAUCGCUGGCCUACAGACGUAAAUAACUCGUGAGGAGCAAAAGACACUUGUUGGCGCAUAAAACUUUAGGACACCUUACGAUUCGCAAGGCAAAUAAGUUUUACUUACGCGGGAAUAAAAAAUAUUAAAAAAAUAAGUGUGUGACAAAAGAUAUUGUGUGUGUGCACCAAUUAUAUUUUGACCUUCCAAACUUAAAUUUAACGUGACGACAAGAAAUGAAAAUUAUUAUUUAACGACAAUUAAUGCUGUCUGAUUAUGGUCUACAGACGGAGCAUUGCGAUUGGCGUUUUAUUUUUGGUAUUAUCUGGCCUCCUCUCAGCUUUAAUAUUCCGUUUAAGUUUGGGUGACAAAUAUGUGUCAAUGGCGGCGUUCAUUGACCGACGUGUUGGAGGGAGCUUUUUUAAAGACCAAAUGACAAAAUCUCAUGCACCAAAUUUCACCUUUCUUUUUUGCCAUCACAGAAAUUUAAAUGAUAAUCUUAUAACAUACAUACAUCCGAAAGCAUUCUACGGCUUGCACAACAUCAGAGAUAUACGUUUAGUUGGCAAUCCCCUGAAAUAUUUAUCCUCUCAUACUUUUCUAAGUAAUCAAUAUUUGGAAGCUUUAUCUCUUGGUUACACCCCAUUACAAAUCCAUAGUUCGUUGCUACGACAUUUGAAUGUUUCCUAUUUAAAUCUAACGGGCAUUCCAUUCGGGUCUAUCGACUUCGAAAGUAUUAAUGUUAUGACAAAUUUGAAGUACAUUAUAUACGAUCGCUUCUAUUACUGUUCAAUGACACCAUACGUCCGGAUGUGCAGGCCAAUCAGUGACGGCUUAUCAACAUUUCAUGAUUUACUUAGUAAACCCGUCUUGCGCUAUUCCGUAUGGAUUAUGGCGUUUAUUACAAUAACGGGUAAUAUUAUGGUGCUGUGGGGUCGUUUCACUUAUCGGGAUGAAAAUGUUGCUGUAGCGAUGGUCAUACGAAAUCUAGCUUUCGCCGAUUUGUUGAUGGGUUUCUAUUUGCUAACCAUUGGCAUAUUGGAUUACAGUUAUCGUGAUGAAUAUCACAGAGUGGCUCUGGAUUGGAUAACUUCCUGGCAAUGUGUGGCUGUGGGCAUUUUAGCUGUUAGCUCUUCUGAGGUUUCCUUGCUUAUAUUGGCCUUUAUGUCUUUGGAACGUUUCUUAUUAAUCGCUGAUCCCUUCAGAAGUCAUCAUCGUAUAAGUUCUAAAACAAUUCUUAUAACUCUUAUAAUUAUUUGGAUAAUGGGCAUAGUUUUGGCGGUAGCGCCAGUAAUACUGUGGCAAUCAAGCACGAAAUAUUACGGCACUUACUCAGGCAUUUGUUUUCCUUUACACAUUCAAGAACCUUAUCCGUUGGGCUGGCAAUAUUCAGCAUUUCUUUUUCUGGGUAUCAAUCUUUCUUUACUCCUAAUAAUCACACUGCUCUAUAUAGCACUCUUAGUGUCUAUAUGGCGAACCAGAAAGGCGACGCCGUUAGCAUUACUGGAGUACGAGUUGGCAGUGAAAUUUUUUUUUAUCGUACUUGCGGAUAUUUUAUGUUGGGCGCCUAUCAUAGCGAUGAAAAUAUGGGUGUUUUUCAAUUACAAUAUAUCAAAUGAUAUCUAUGCCUGGCUGGUGGUUUUCGUGUUGCCUUUAAAUUCAGCUAUUAACCCUUUGCUUUAUACCUUUACAACACCAAAAUACCGUAAUCAAAUAUUGUCGCAUAACUGGAAGAAUAUUAUAUCGCGGCGUCGCGAAAAAUCAUCGAGAGAUACUAACACUGCAACGGGGUCAUCUAAUCUGGGUAGUGUGCAAAAAUUUACUUAAGAAAGAGAGGAAAAUGUGUUCUUUAAUAGAAUCUUAUACACUUUUUGAAGCAAAACCGUGUCCUGCGGCAGCUUUGAAAUAAUUGAUAAGACAUCCCUCAAGUGUGAAGCAAUACUCAAUCAACCUUUAGUAAGCACGUCAAAAAAAUAUACAUAAUUCUAAAAAUAUUUUUUCAUGUUAUAUAAGAAGACAUUUGGUAUACGCUUCCAAAACGGUGUUAAAUAUGUUUUAUAUGAAGAUGUGAUAAGGUAGACUUCAGUUUCUUUGCUACAAAUUAUAUUCUCCUUUUUAGUAUUCCAACCCCAGCAAUUUUUUUUUUUUUGCGACAAUUUCCACACUACAAUGUUAAGAUGCCUAUAAGAUGGCGAUAAAGUUUGAAAAAAUUCGUCCCGGACCUUAAAACAUAGCAAGAAGAAAUGCGCAAUAAGAAUCUAAUGUUGGAGAACAUGAGCUUCGCCAGAAAAUUAAUCAAUAAAAGGAUAAAAUUCAGCAUUUUAAUUGGAUUAAAUUCAACUCGUUAAUAUAAAUUUAUUAGUAAUUUUUGUUGGUUUAACCUUAACAUUUUAAAAGAAGAUUGAACUAAAUUAGACUUAAUUAAUUAAUAAAACGUUUCGACAUCCUAAUAAUGGUCAAAAUAUGUAACCUUGUACAUUAUAUUAAAACUUUGGUGCAGGGCUAUAGCAAAGAUUUUCGCCACUGAAUUAUAUUAACAUUUUUUUCACGUUAAAUACACACCUCUAAUAUGUUUUAUUUGGAAUUAGUCACGUCACAGACAUUAGAUGUACAUAUCCAUGGAAAAACAAAAAAAAAUGUUAUUCAAAUGUCUUCUUUGGAGGUUUUAUAAAAAUAAAAUAAACUAAAUAAAAUAAAAUACUUUACCUCAAAUAUAAAAAAGGCAUAGCGCGAAAUCUAGCUUGUAGCUUGAACUUUGCGAUAUUUCGAAAAAAUUCAAAUUUAUGCUCGCGCAAAGGAAGAAAAUAUAAAUAUAUUUAAACUUAAGCUAAUGAGAUUAUUCAUAUUAAGUUGUAAAACAGCUUGUGUACAAUAGUUUAAAACGUUCGACCAGUGGUUCAAUAAAAUUCGCUGCAUUGUUAAUUUUCGUGCUGUCCAUUUCCACCAAUUUUUCCGCAAUGCGUAGCAUUUACGAAUCUUUGACCCAAUUAUCUUGAAUGAUUUCUUCAAUCGAAAGUCUACGUACAGCAGCAACUACCAGAAGUGUUUUAAUUAACGAAGUAACGGGGAACAGGAAUCAACAAUAUGCGCUUUUCCUUGUUUAAUUUGUUCUGUAACUGAGGCAACGUCUACGCUACGAUAACUUUCGAAUCCCAUUAUUUUUA